CAUGAGUCGCGACCCGGGCGAGCUGGCGGGCAGGCAGGGGGAGAACGCGCAAGCCGUGUGCGCUCAGAGCAAGGCGCUCAGACCGUGGAUCAGAUCCAAGCGCCCGGCCAUGCCGCGGGUAGGGUGAUGUCCCGGGGCUGUGCUGCUUCCGAGCCCGCGAGCCCGCCCGCGACCACGUGGGGCAGCGAGGCGGCGGCGGCGGCGGGCGGAACCCAGGCUCGGCGACUCGCUGCCCGCCCGAGCCACUGCAGCCGGGGCGCAGGCGGAAGUAGAGGCGCUAGGCGCGCGGACCUCGAUGAGGAACUGGCUCAGGGAGGCUGCUGGUAGAGUUGCAGUGACCUGCUGGGAUCCCUGGUAGGGAACCUGGGGCUCGAACCCACUGAUCUCCCUGCCUCCACACUCUUAUCUUCUCUCCUGGGCGGGUUCUUUCUGACAAGGAGCUGCAAAGACAGAAAGUCUAACGAGAAAAAGGACAAUCUCAACCAUCUCUGGACCCCAGGACAAUGCAGACUCCACUGACCACUCCUGUGCCUGUGCUCCGGCUCCCCCGGGGCCCUGAUGGCUUGAGUCGAGGCUUUGCCCCUGAUGGACGCAGGGCCCCCCUGAAGCCAAAGGUUCCUGAAACCCCAGAGUCUUCUGUAAUUCACGAAUGUCGGGAAUCCCAGGAACAGCGGGCCCGAGCUGCCCUCCGGGAGUGCUAUCUUCGAAGCUUGCUGGCCAUGGUGGGUCGCCAGGUCAGCUUCACCUUGCAUGAGGGUGUGCACGUGACCGCCCACUUCGGAGCCACCGACUUGGACGUGGCCAACUUCUAUGUCUCGCAGCUGCAGACUCCGAUAGGUGUGCAGGCUGAGGCACUGCUCCGGUGUAGUGACAUUAUUGCAUACACCUUCAAGCUAUAAAGACAUUGUGGUCACCUUCUGCCUUAGGCCUAGCCACAGAUUCCCAGGCCUCCAGCUGUUCCAGAUCUCUGGGCCUCAUAGAGUUUGGAACUCCCUUGGAAUUUUGAGUCAAGCUCCAAGCAACUCUGGCUUCUUGGGACCUCCAGGGAGUAAAAUUCUGCAAUCCCAGGAGUUCUAGAUCCCACUGAAAGGAAUGCUCUACCUCACAGAACUCUCAACUCUAUAGUAAUGUGGGCCUCAUUCCAGUUCCUGAAGACGGGUGUGUGUGUGUGUGUGUGUGUGUGUGUGUGUGUGUGUGUGUGUUGCAUUGGGAAUAAAGUAAGGCAAAUUGCAAAGUGGGAAACAGUUUAUUAAAAACGUUGCAAAGUUCAACCACCCUGAAGAUACUCCCAAAUACUGACCCCCUGCCAAAGAAUCAACUAUUAUCCCAGGAAAAUCUGCCUGUUUUUGUUGUUGUUUUUUAAGUGUACCCCACAGGGAUGAAAUCAGAUUUAGGGGAUGGAAGGGUAGCUGUCCAAAGACUGAAUCCUGAGGAGCUGUGCCAAGAAGGGGAGGACACAUCAAAAGGCUGGGGGCAACUCGGAUUAAGGUGUGGGGAUUGGACUGCCCCUAGUCUUUGGGAAUGGCUGGAACCACCUGGGUGGCAGGCUUGGAUGAUUUGGACUAGAUUUCUUUUUUGGGUGGGCAGGGAUGUACAUAGUUAAGGGCAUGGAUCGUGCUGGGUUACACGGUUGUGCGCUCCUGCCUGGGUGGUGCAGACCACACACCACCGAAGAUUUGAUUCCCGGCUCACACGGGCCAGGGUCAUACCCUGUGCACCGCGCCAUUGAGAAAAGCCUGAGAAUUAGGGGUUAGGGUGAAGUGUCACCUCUUCAUUUCGCUCCAGCUGUGUGGUAUGGCCGUCCACAUCACUCACUCCCUUCACUUGGCCCUGUCACUAAUAGUCUUUCAGCAGAUUCGCUCUAAAAAAAGUAAUUUCUGCUCCCUUUGUAAUCCCAUCAACUUCAGAAUGUAAGUGAAGAUUCCUUUCAAUAUAUUGUAGAUGAGGUUUGCUUCGUUUGUAUUCAGUCACGAAAGUGCUGUGGCCGAUGCUGCUAAAGGCAAGUGUAAAGUCUCAUCUCCCGCACGUCCAUUAACAACGCCACUUCUGGCGAGUCCCUGGCCGAGCUCUCAAGUUGCCUCGGCAACGACAUCGCUCCUCCCCAAGUCCCCGUUUUGGGUUUUAGCCCCACUUUUCUCCCCAAGUUGCUGGAUGGGCUGGGAAAGCAAGGCGAAAGUGCGGAGGCGAAUAUUAAGUGAUUCAAUUGAGCGCGAGGGGGGGGGGCGUGGCUUGAGCUCAUGCUGGUUCCCUUCUGGCUUGGUGAUCUACCUGCUCCGUUGCCCCGUAUUUUGGUUGGCAGAUUCGUCCCUUACUUUUGGAAUUCCUUUCUUUGCCCAGUUUUUUUUUUCUUUCUUUAAGUCAAGACUAUGAUACUCCUCAUGGGCUCAUUUAUUUUAGUUUAUAAGUUUAAAUUGUAUUUUAUAUACAACGCUAUCCAAAUACAGAGAAUUAUUGAUGAAACUACAGUCUGCAAGUGGAAGACUAGAGUCUAACAAGCAAGGGGCCAUAGCUUCGUCUCCAGGUAGACGAAGCAUCUAUCACCUGUACUCAUAUAUUUAACACAACUCCUAUCACCCUUCCUUUCAAGUUCUCCACCCCUUUACCUCUCUCCUUAUCAGUUGACCUAGCCCCGCCAAGCAGAUGUGUUUUAUUUCUAUCAACUCCACUCCCUUCUCCAUGCCUGAGCGUGUGACGAAUGUGUGCUAGCCUGAACUUCAUUUAUCUAGAUGGAGGCGAGGAGGCGGGUUGGGGGCGACUCAGGUUCGCGCUUGCGCGCUGCUCUGGGAGACGGCGUCCAUUUCGCCCCUCCCCUCAUGCGCUGCAGUUCCGGCUCUGCAGAUUCAGUGCUCACGUUUCUUUUUCUAGUGGCUCUUGGUAUAUUUUGUUCCCCACAUCAGCAAUCUGCGAGGUGACUCUACCUGCAAAUAACUUAAGUCGAUUUUCUGCUUU